CCCUCUCUCUCUUUAAAUCACUUUCUUCUCUCUAUCUCUUUCUCUCUUCCUCUCUUCCCUUCUUCUCUUCCUCACCUUCUUUAUCUUCUUUCAACUCUUUUAUCACCAUCUCUCAUUUACAAAAUCAAAGAACAAAAAAACAACAUGCAGACCGCCGACUCGUCUACAAUUGCCUCUUCAGCAUCUGUACACUCAAAACAUCCCUUCAAGGAACCCAAGCAGAUCGAGGCCCUCAAAAACUUCCGAGCUUUGCUCGGCCCUGACAAUGUCAACUUUGAUGACGCUGAAUUGAUGCGAUUCCUUGUGGCAAGGGGUUUUGAUAUUAACGGUGCAAAAGCUCAGUUGUUUGCUUCCUUGGAAUGGCGAAAGACAAAUAAGGUGGAUGAGCUCCCCAUCCCAGGACCUAACAAUCAUAACGGAGUCAUGUACGCUGUUCGUGGUUGGCAUUCAGUUCCCGAUGCCAACGUUGAAGCUGGUCAACCUAAUGUUCCAGAGCACGCUGUCCGUCUUCAAAGAUAUAUGGGAGGCAGUUGUCUUCAUAAAUGGGACAAGACUGGACGACCCAUCUAUAUUGAGCGCAUGGGUCAACACAAUGUCAAAGGUUUGGCCAAGAAUGUUACAACUGCCGAAUUAACAGACUAUCACAUUCGUUGCUGUGAAUUCGUCCACAAUACUAUUAUGCCAGAGUGUGAAGAGCGCUUUGGGACAGAUGACAAAGCCAUUGACAAGGAAACCGUUAUUUUCGACUGUACUGGCAUGGGAUUCCACCAAUUGCAUAUGGAGGGCUUAAACAUGCUGAGAUCAUUGACCGACAUGGAUCAGAAAGCAUACCCCGAACGUCUUGGGAAGCUUUUCAUUGUUAACAGUCCCAUGGUCUUUGUCAAAGUAUACUCUAUGAUCAAGAAGUGGCUUGAUCCUGGUGUCAUCCAAAAGAUUCAUAUUCUGGGCAAGGACUACAAAAAAGUAUUGUUGGAACAUAUUGAUGAAGAAAAUUUGCCUGAUUUCCUUGGUGGAACUUGCACCUGCAGCCAUAUGCCUGGCGGAUGUGUACCCUCCGAGAUCUUGAAAAACAUCAAGCCUGUUGAAAAGUCAUCCCCUACAAAUAACAAUGACCUCCUUGCCGUACCUUCCUAUGUACGCCCUCGAUCCUCGUCCAUAUCAUCUGCAAAUUCAAUCAUGGACAUUGUGAUGCCUGGUAAACCCAAGGAUGGCUUUUAUCAGAUGGUGUCGACUAUUCCUUCUGGAAAUACAUGUGAAUAUGAGAUCGUAGUUGCUGAUGAGGAAGUAGAACAGCAACCAGAGGUGAUUAUCAAAUUCCGUAGUAAAGGAGUACGUGCUGCCUGCGAUGGAUUUCACUUCACAGUAGUGCGGUUCAUGUUUGGUGAACAGGCAGAUAGUGGUACUAUUGUUGUCCCUACAAAGUUCUACCCGCUUACAGAGUGCCCUGAUAGUGGAGAGGGGAUCGAAGUCAAGUUCAGAGCAAAGGAUGCAGGAUUGUAUGUCAUGUCAUGGAAGCCUGAGAGUUCUCGAGGUCUAGUUCAAAUGGAGUAUGGCGUCACAAUCGAUGGUAUCCUUGGAGAGCAAGGAUCUGAUUCGCCUUGAACAAAGCGAAUGGAAUUCCUCCAGGGUGGCUGCCUUUGAAGAAACAGCUUAAUGUAAUAUUUUUCCCUUCACUAAAGCUAAGAUUAGUAGGUAGAAUGCAUCAAUGUAAAUCACAAAAAAGAUGUAAAAAAAAUUAAGAGCAUAACAGAAAUAACCAGCUUAUUAAGAAUGGAG